AGGAAUAGUCGAUUUGAAAACACGCUCUCUGCUCGGGCAGAAGAAAAGGCGGCGCUGAGCGCGACGAGUUCGGGGGGGGGUCAGUUGUGGCGCGCCCCGACGUCCCUUCUUGCUCAGGAUUCAAGAAUGACUAAAAAAAGGAAACACCAAGAGGAUUUUCAAAAGGUGAAACUGAAAGUUGGAAGAAAGAAGCCUAAAGUGGAAAAUGCCACAGAUACAAACUUUAAAACAAAAACAAUUUGCCUUCCUGAGCAACUCAAAGAGGAUGAAACACUUCCCACUAAUAACAGAAAACUUAAUAUAAAGGACCUUCUGUCACAGAUGCAUCACUACAAUGCUGGAGUUAAGCAAAGUGCUCUUCUUGGGCUCAAAGAGCUUUUGUCUCAGUAUCCACUCACAAUUGAGGCACACCUUUCAAACAUAUUAAGUGAAGUAACUGCAGUGUUUACAGACAAAGAUCCCAGUGUAAGAGCAGCAGCAGUCUGCCUUCUUCAAUUCUUGGCUCCCAAAAUACGACCUGAACAAAUAACUCCAUUUUUUCCUUUGGUAAGUGCCCAUCUCUCUAGUGCCAUGACUCAUAUUACUGAAGGAAUUCAGGAAGACUCUUUAAAAGUCUUGGAUGUUCUGCUGGAAGAGUACCCAGCUCUUGUUACUGGCCGCAGCAGUGUAUUGCUAAAGAAUUUUGUAGAACUUAUUUCUCAUCAGCAGCUUUCUAAAGGACUGAAAAAUAGAGACAGAUCCCAAUCCUGGAUAUUGUCUGUUAAUCCUAAUCGGAGACUCACUUCUCAGCAGUGGAGGCUGAAUGUAUUAGUGAGGCUCAGUAAAUUUCUUCAGGCCUUGGCUUAUGGAUCCACUAGGUUGGGAGAAUCUGGUGGUGGACUUCAGGAACAAAAAGACAACCCCUAUGCUACUAGGAAUUCCAUAUAUGUCAACUGGAAGGAACAUGCCAAUGACCAGCAGCAUAUCCAGGUUUACGAAAAUGGGGGUUCACAGCCAAAUGUCCAUUCACAGUUCAGGCUACGGUACCUAGUUGGAGGAACAGCAGGUGGUGUGGAUGAGAGCUUAUCAUCAGCUGAAAAUUUGAAAGGAUUCAUUGAAAUAAUAAUUCCAUUACUUAUUGAAUGUUGGAUUGAAGCUUCACCUUCACAAUUUGCUACUUCUCUUAUAAAUCCUUUAGGAUCAGAAUCUCAUCAGCUUAUGGAGCAAGUACUUAGUAUUAUUUCUCUGUUGUGGAAACUCUCUAAGCAACAUGAUGAUACCCAUAAAAUGGAGGUAUGGCUUCGAAAGAAUUACCUUGUUGAUUUUAAGCAACACUUUAUGAGUAAUUUUCCUUAUAACCUACAAGAAAUAAUGAAACUUAAAAGGAAAGAAUCAAACAAAAGCAACAAGUAUAUGACUCCAUUAAACAAUGUAGAUCAUCUUUUACUGAAUUUAACUUUGUGUGAUAUCAUGGUGUCCCUGGCAAGUACCUCGACGUUGCAGAAGGACUUUGAUUGGAUAGAAAUGAUUAGGAAAUUUGUGACUGAGAGUUUUGAAGAUGGCUACAAGCUAAAUAAUAAGCAGUUGAACAGAUUGCUUGGGGUGACAUGGAGAUUAAUGCAAAUACAACCAAAUAGAGUGUCAACAGAGGUGCUAAUCAGGGCAGUUUAUACACUUUAUCAACAGAAGAAUCUCCUUGUUUCUGUCCGUUCUUCACUUCUGAACUUCUUUAGUAGCAUUUAUCAGAAAGAAGAAAUGGGUCCUCACAAAAUCAAAAGCCGAAGUAAAGUAUUAUCUCGUUGGCUGGCUAGUUUGCCCUUGCAGCUUGCUCAGCUUGGUUGUAAAAACCCUGAACUGUCAACUCAACUUAUUGAUAUCAUCCAUGCUGCUGCAGCACGAUCAAAUAAAGAGUUACUAAAUAGUUUGCAAGCCACUGCUUCUCGGAUCUAUGAUCCACAAGAAGGCACUGUGGUUCUUCUUCCAGCAGCAUCUCAGCAGCGUUUGGUCCAAUUGUUAUAUUUUCUGCCUUGUCUACCUGCUGAUUUGCUAUGUCAUUUAAGUCAUUGCUGUAUUAUGGGAAGGCUUAGUUCAAGUUUGGCUGUUGCCCUCAUAAGGAUACUACAUCUGAGAUCUGCAUUUUCUGGAUGGAAACGUUCUCUGCAAGCAAGUAUAAUGAAUGAUGUGGACUAUUUCAGUUUCUUAUUUUCAACCCUUACAGGGUUUUCAGCAAAGGAGAUGUCAUGGCUUCAGAACAUACGAGGAAAUCCUCAUAUCAGCCAAACACAACUCUCACCAGUACUUCUCUACCUAACCGACUUGGAUCAGUUUUUGCAUCACUGGGAUGUCACAGAGGCAGUGUGUCACAACUUAUCCGUUAUUCCUGCUCGAAGCCAGUGUUUGGAUGUCCUGCAAAGUGCUAUCAAUAAGCAUAUGGCUGGAUUGUCUGUAAUCCCUGAUAGCACUGCUGGAUCUGUUUUGUGUGUUGUGAGUAAGCUCCUGGAUCAAGCUUGUGUACUUACUGAUGCGAUAUAUAAGUUUCUAGCAUCUUGCUGUUACAGUCUUCUUCACUUCCUCCUCACUUUAGAGAAAGCGGAUGCAGAACAUAUGAGAAAGAGGGAUAAAUUAUGGGGAUCCUGUAUUUCAGUAUUGGCUGUUCUACCCAGAGUACUAAGACUGAUGCUCCAGAACUUGCAGGUCAAUAAAACAUGUCAAGAAGAGUUGCCAGUUGUUGCUCAGUUGAUUCGCUUGCUGCUGCAGCAUGCACCACUGAGAGUGCACAUGAUGGCAAAUGCACUUCUGGUACAGCAGAUCGUCAAAGAUAUUAUGACAGUGAAGAGUGGAGGAGUUCAGGAGCAAUGGCUUACAGACCUUCAUUACUGUUUCAACAUUUAUCUGGCUAGCCGCCAACAGGGAUCUGGUGCAGUUAGCACAGUCUGUUGAGGAGACACAAUUUUAAAAUGUUUACUUCUGUAUUAUUUUGAAACAAAACAUUGGAACAAAUAUUUGUCAGUAAAGCUGAACUUUAAAGAAA